AUGUUACGACCCCGAAGAGAAAACGUGAUGCGGCGUUUGAGAUGCGUGCGAUCGACGCACCUGUGGGGGGUUAUGAGUUUCUUAUCGGCGGGAAAAACACGAACCUUUUAUCUCGCCUUUGCGGAUUUGUUUGCUUGUUUUGUACCUUCUGAGGGGUUUCGGAAUUGGGUCAAGUGUCAUGUCGGGUCCUUAGACGAGGGGCGACGUUAUCGGGAAUUCCGGGCCGAGUGUGAGUGCACAAAUUGCAAUGAGCCGGUGUUGCAGCCAGAGCAGAGCCUGCAGUUCUUCUCGGACUACAGCAGGUGCUACGAGUGCCAGAAGUGCAAAACAUUCGACUACCACUUCGCCAAGCCGCUGAGCGUGGCAUUCGCGCCCAAGAAGCCGACGCCGCCGCAGAUCAAAGCCAUCAUCCACCAGCACAGCGUGAACGCCAAGUCCGCCUCGGCGUCGCCACCACCGCCAUCCCCGGCCCCAGUGACGCCAGCCGCCAUGCCGUGGCUGCCGCCGCAACUCGCCGCCUUCUACCACGCGGCGCCGCAGGACCUGUACUUCCUGCACCACCAGAUGGCGCCUCCGGUCCGGCGCUACCAUACGGGUUUCAUGGGAGACGUGCAGCACCACGUUUCUCCGCUCGCCAUCGUCGCCGAAUCGUAACGUUACGCCCCUUGCCUUCUUGCCGUAUGAGCGAGGAAAACGGGUCGGAUUCCUUCUUCCCCUUGCUUCUUCUUCUUCUGCCUCCCUAAUCCCCCCACCCCCCUUAGUCAUUUAUUUAAUCCUUCUUUUCGAACCCUCUUAUUCUAUAUAAGUUUGUGCUUGUACAAAAAAAGAGAAACAAAAAAAUGAGGGGAAAAAAAGAGAGAGAAAGAAGAAAACGGGGGCCGAGAAUAUUUUCAGCCAGCUCUUCUGCUUCAUCUUUCAAGAAAAGCCCUCCGCUUUUCAUGGCUAGUCACGAGCGCAAGAGUUUUCCCUUUUUCUUCUAUAUUUAUGUUUCUCUCCUUCUUUCUUGAAUUUUCAUGAAGAAAAAAGAAAGAUAUUCUUACUUGGUUUCCUUUUCAUAUCGUAUUUAUCGCAGGAUGUUUCCGUUGCUGCGAUCGACGGAGAUUUGUUUUUUUUUCAGCGCUGGAAAAUCUUUUUUUUUGUUCUGUUCGGCAAGGCGCUGAAAAAGUGAUGAGUUCUCGGGAUUUUUUCUGAUGGUGAGAUGGAAGGAUGCGAUUUUUUCUCGCCUCAACGAGGGGGUCGUUAUAGGAAGUAAAAUAAGAAGAAGAGAGAACCUGGAAAAUGGGUUCCCCGGAAUUUUUGAAAACUUGCCUCCGGAUCGGAAUAAAAAGGGUCCCGGAGGAAAGGAUUCGAUAACGGGAGAGCUGGAAGUUUUUUCAAGAAGGACCAAUCAAUUUUUGUUUUCGCGGUGGAAAAAAAAAGAUACACUUUUUCUGAAGGAAGAUUUUUUUUUUUUCGAAACGACAAGAAAAAAAAUAAGUAUUCACUAGGUUAGUCAAGAACUGUUUUUCCCCUUCUCUUUGGUGUCGUGUCGUGCUUCUGUUGGAGUUCCGCGGGUUUGCUUUUUUUCCGCCUGGCGCGUCUCUUUUUCCGGCAGGAAAAAAAAACCCAAAAACGGAACGUAGCUGGAGUGGUCCAAGAAAUUCUUUUUUUUUUUUGACGAUGAAGAAAAAUGUUUCCGGGGCGGG